UUUACUGUCAAUGUGAUUUCUACGGAAAGGUUCCUCCACAAAUGAGUGCUAUCACUGACAGCCUGGUGACUCAGUUAAAACUUACAACAACUCUGCCACACUUGAGCGCUAACAGCUUUGCGGACGCGCCAUUCGCAACACCAAUGCAAACAGAUAAAGCGCGAGAAACAACCGAAUUAAAUGCCUCGUGGAAACCUCAGCAUCAGAGACAACAAGAAAAACUGAAGUUUGGGAUUGAGACGAUUCUGUAUGGUUCUUCAAAAUCAGACCUCUUAAACACCCGCCCAAAUGUUACCUUCACCACUCCCCUCAGUGUGACAAGGCAAACGCAUUCCCCAUCCUGGUCCCGUCCGGUUUUCUCCGACCACCAACGAAAAACGUUGGAGGACCGCUUCCAGCGUCAACACUAUUUGAAUAAACGGGAGAGGUACUACUUAUCGCUGUAUCUUGGGCUUACGGAGCAUCAGAUAAAGGUUUGGUUCCAAAAUAGACGAGUCAAGUGGAGACAUUCGCAGGAAGGGAAAAAAGAUCGAAAUACAAAAUUGCACCGAGCCAAGAAAACUGCAGAGAAAAACUAAUGGAUUCGGAGAAGAUGUGCGAGGGAAAACUGUACUU